AAAAUUAUGAUUAAUAAUAAAAACUAUAUUUUUUUAUUUUUUGUAUCAAAACGUUUGAAUUUUGUUUUAAAAAGAUGUUUUUUUUGUUCUACAAAUAUUAAAUCUUCUAUUUCUCGGAAUAAAAUAAGAAAUACAAGUCCUGGGUCCCACAAUUAUGUUCCUGGUGUUAAAGGAUAUGCGCCUGAUAUUUAUCCUCCAAGAAAAAUUAGUUUUGAAUGUAAAAAAAAACCGAAAUAUCCUGAUUUGCAUAAAACAGUUGCUGAACCAAGAUUAAAAAACGAAACAAAUACAUGGAGAUCCAAAAUGAAAGAAUUAAGACGUAGAUAUUUGACAGAAUAUGUUAUGGAACAAAAAAAAAAGGACUUAGAGAAAAUGCAGGAAAAAGAAAAGAUAAAUGAGAUGAUUAAAGCAGAGAAAUUAACUCUUUGUUCAGAAAAACAUCAUAGAUAUUCUAUACCGACAAUUAAAUCAUUAAUUGAAGAUGAAUAUCCAAUUGCUGAUUCAAAUAAAUUGGAACGAAUGAAACAAAAAAGAAAUAAUUAUGAAAUAACGAAAGAUAAAGAUAAAAUAGAACGAUUACGUCAUUUUCUUACUUUGUAUUCUCAUUCCGAAAACUUUAUUUCUUCUAUGGAGGAAUUAGAUGAUGCUGUGAAUAAAUCUUUUCAAGAAAUUCCUACUGGAUCUCCGCCAAGUUACAGUAUUCAGUUUUUAUAUGAUAAAAAAGAAAAUUCCUUUUUGAAUAGUAAGGAUUCAGUGCAUCCAGAGAUUUUUGAUGCGCUUUUAGGGACAGUUGAUGGAGGCAAAUUAGGACCAGAUGAACUCAUAAAACUUAGUAAAAUACAAAAUGGGGAAAAAUCGAAUAUUGAAAAUUAAUAUAAUAUUAAAUA